CAAGCAUAAGAAAAGCCUGAAAAACUAACGGGCAACUCUUUCCCGCUAUACCUGAACGAUGGACGACAAUAGUGGGAAUAUACUGGACAACAGUACAGAUGACAACAUAGCCUGCGCGACAGAAAAUGACGACACUCAGUCGAAAACUCCAGGCAUCCCUUUAUCCAGAAAACUGUGCUAUGCCAUUGGAGGAAUGCCUUAUCAAAUGACUGGAAACGCCAAAGGCUUUUUCAUGCAGAUCUUUUUAUUGGAUGUUGUUAAGAUGAGCGCUUUCUCUGCAUCCAUUAUUCUUUUUCUCGGUCGAGCCUGGGAUGCCAUUUCGGAUCCUCUGAUUGGAUAUGCCGUGAGCAAGAGUGGCCGGACCAGAUUUGGAAAACUUAUUCCUUGGAUUGUGUUCACAAUGCCGCUUGGGGUCCUAUCAUACGUUAUGCUCUGGUAUACCCCACAGGACACCAUGUCCCCUUCCUUCAGUUUCGGCUGGUACUUCGUAUGGUGCUGUCUGUUUGACACUUUCAUGAGCUGCUACCAUGUGCCAUAUUCUUCUCUUAACAUGUUCCUGGGGGGGAAUGAGAAGGAUCGAGACUCAGCCACUGGUUACAGAAUGGGCAUGGAAAUGUUCGCUACACUGGCAGGAGCUGCCAUUCAGGGUCAGAUCGUGGGGGUGCAUCAUGCCAAGAAGACACACGUCUGCAGUUUACAGAACAACACGGAAGGGCCUUCUGGGAACCACACCGACUCCCUGGAUGACAUAUCUGACACUCUACAAAAUACAAGAAGAGCCUAUUUGACUGGGGCAUUGGUAUUGGGAAUGCUGUACUUCCUGUGCUGCCUCAUCCUUUUUUGUGGAGUGAAAGAGCAGUUGGCUCCUCUGAGUAAACUGGACCGAAUAAACGUCCCCUAUCUAACUGGUAUAAAGAUGAUGAUGGGACACACUCCAUAUGUGCGGCUUGUAUUGGGCUUUCUUUUUGCUUCACUAGCCUUCCAGAUGGCUCAGGGAAAUUUUGCACUCUUCAGCACUCACGCAGCAAAUAUGGGAGCAUAUUUCCAGCAUAUUGUUCUCUUACUAUUGACUGUAGCCACAAUAUCCAUCCCAGUGUGGCAGACAGUGUUAGUCGCAAUAGGCAAGAAGACCACCAUAUUCAUCGGCCUAUCAAUUUACAUCCCAGCUCUAAUUGUGAUAUCCGUAGUGAAAAGUAAUUUACCCGCCUUCAUUGUUAUGUCAGUGUUAGCUGGCACAAGUCUGGCAACCCUCUUUCUGCUCCCUUGGUCAAUGUUGCCAGAUGUAGUGGAUGAUUUUAAAGUCAAGAACCCAUCAUGUCAUGAUCUAGAACCAUUGUUCUACUCCUGCUAUGUUUUCUUCAACAAAUUUGGAGGGGGCAUGUCUGUUGGAAUCUCAACCUUGGUACUACACUUUGUAGGAUACAAGCCUGGUGCUUGUAAACACAAUCCAGAGGUCAUAACCUCACUGCGGGUGCUCUUCGCUCCUGUACCCAUCUGCCUGCUACUCAUCAGUUUGAUGAUUUUUUGCUUCUAUCCCAUCAAUGAAGAGCGACGGAGGAAAAUCCAAGAGGCAUUAAGGAAAGCAGGGACAGAGACCAGCAUGAAAGAAGAAGACGAACUGAGCCUAUGAAGUAAUCAUUCACUACGUCACAUAAGGAUUUCACUACUUUUGUAACAUUCACAUGUUCUGGAACUGUUAAUAAUGAACAUGCUUUGUUUUCGUUGUGCAUGAGGAAUUUUUCUCCCAAAACCAUUUAGGAAUUUCACUAAUCUCAAACCCCUAAGGUAAAUAAAGAAGAUAUUCAAAACAUGCGGUUAUGUGGGGCACCAAGCCCAGAACUGAGAAACAUUA